AGUGAUGUCAUAUCCGUUGUCCAGGUCUCCACACCUCUCUCAGCUGUUACUCCCUUUAUCUUUUUCUUGGGUCAAAACUUUUGAGGUAGUCUGGCUAUAUAGCCGCAGGAGAGAAAAGGUAAAUUGGGGAGCGCGGCUUGGAGGAGCUUCAGCACCUCGGUCAGCGACCACUGCAGCUCUAUCCACUCCUAGAGCUCGCGGACUCCCAGCCCUGAGAAUGCCUGCGGAAUGAUCGCCCCCCAGGGCGGCUGCCGCUACUGCCGCUACUGCUAUCGCUGCUGCUGCUACUACUGCCGCCGCCUCUUCUCCACUCAGCUCUGACUGGCAGGCAGAAAGUGCAACUGACGAAGGGAAAGGUCUCCGCAGUGAGAGUGGAGUGGCUACAUGAAAGAGAGUAAACAGGGGCAAAAACCCAGAUCAGAAUGCAGGCGGCAUCCAACCUACUCAAUCUCCUGCUGCUGUCUUUGCUUGCUGGAUUAGACCCUUCCAAGACUCAGAUUAGUCCCAAAGAAGGAUGGCAGGUAUACAGCUCAGCACAGGAUCCUGAUGGACGAUGCAUUUGCACAGUGGUUGCUCCAGAACAAAACCUGUGCUCCCGGGAUGCCAAAAGCAGGCAGCUUCGCCAGCUGCUGGAAAAGGUUCAAAACAUGUCUCAGUCUAUUGAAGUCUUAAACUUGAGAACUCAGAGAGAUUUCCAAUAUGUUCUAAAAAUGGAAACCCAAAUGAAAGGGCUGAAGGCCAAGUUUCGGCAGAUUGAAGAUGACCGGAAGACACUAAUGACCAAGCAUUUUCAAGAGUUGAAAGAGAAGAUGGACGAGCUCCUGCCCUUGAUUCCUGUGCUGGAACAGUACAAAACAGAUGCCAAGUUAAUCACCCAGUUCAAGGAGGAAAUCCGGAAUCUGUCUGCCGUCCUCACUGGAAUUCAGGAGGAAAUUGGAGCCUAUGACUAUGAGGAACUACAUCAAAGGGUGCUUAGCUUGGAAACCAGACUUCGUGACUGCAUGAAAAAGCUAACAUGUGGCAAAUUGAUGAAAAUCACAGGCCCAGUUACAAUCAAGACAUCUGGAACCCGAUUUGGCGCUUGGAUGACAGAUCCCUUAGCAUCUGAAAAAAAUAACAGAGUUUGGUACAUGGACAGUUAUACUAACAAUAAAAUUGUCCGUGAGUACAAAUCAAUUGCAGAUUUUGUCAGCGGGGCCGAAUCGAGGACAUACAACCUCCCUUUCAAAUGGGCAGGAACUAACCACGUUGUCUACAAUGGCUCACUCUAUUUUAACAAGUAUCAGAGUAACAUCAUCAUCAAAUACAGCUUUGAUAUGGGGAGAGUGCUUGCCCAAAGAAGCCUGGAGUAUGCUGGUUUUCACAACGUUUACCCUUACACAUGGGGUGGGUUCUCUGACAUCGACCUAAUGGCUGAUGAAAUCGGGCUGUGGGCUGUGUAUGCAACUAACCAGAAUGCAGGCAAUAUUGUCAUCAGCCAACUUAACAAAGAUACCUUGGAGGUAAUGAAGAGCUGGAGCACUGGCUAUCCCAAGAGAAGUGCGGGGGAAUCCUUCAUGAUCUGUGGGACACUGUAUGUCACCAACUCCCACUUAACUGGAGCCAAGGUGUAUUAUUCCUAUUCCACCAAAACCUCCACAUAUGAGUACACGGACAUUCCCUUUCAUAACCAGUACUUUCACAUAUCCAUGCUUGACUACAAUGCAAGAGAUAGAGCUCUUUAUGCCUGGAACAAUGGUCACCAGGUCCUAUUCAAUGUCACCCUUUUCCACAUCAUUAAGACUGAGGAUGACACAUAAGCAAACGUAAUUUGUGUUCAUUGAUCUAAACUGUGUCAUCUGUGAUAAACUCUAUAGGACCCCUUCUGGUUUUCCUUUAUAAUAACUUUCAUCAUUUCUCCAAAGCAUUUUUUGUUAUAAAGUUGGUGUUUCAAAAAACA